AUGUGUGAAUUUAGGCCGGAAAAUAAAACAACCAAGGAAGAACGGAGAUCGGGAGUAGCAUCAAAACCACAGAAAGAUACGCAUAGGGACGAGUCGCCUCCACCGUCUGUGCCGAAGCGGUUACCAUCAAAAGCAGUUGUAACAAAAGCGAGGAUUUCCAAUCCCUAUGAUAAAUCGCAACUGACUCUUCAUGAAGGUGAUAUAGUGGUUGUAACAAAGAUGUUUGCAAAUGGACAAUGGCAUGGUGAAUGUAAGGGCAAGGAGGGAUUGUUUCCAAACAGAUAUGUGCAAUUUCUUGACGAAAUGUGAACAUUAUUUUCAUAUA